AUUGUGCUUUUUUGUCUUUUUCAAUAGAAAAAAUAUAUAUAUAUAGGCUACACAGGCUAUUGUUGCUUUGGCACUGUUCUACUUGAUAUUUAAAAUAGUAUUAUAUUUUUGCAUUUCUUUACUAGUCAUAACUGGAUCCUUCCACACGACGCCAGAUUCUCUGGUACCAACAUAUUUACACGUCCCUUUCAGGUAAAGAUGUAUUCUACCUCAGCUAACUACACACGUUGGUAGCAAAAGCGGACAGCACUGAGGAACAGCAAAAUUUAAGAUGUCCCAUAGUCCAGGAUUGGCAGAUUAUAAUUUUUCAAGGGUAGGCCUACACUUGGUAGUGUGAAGGAACACGAAACCAAUUCUGGUUGUCAUUUUUGACUGAAGUGGAGCCGAUCGUAAAAAUGGUCCUCAAAGGGAACACGAGCAAUGACAACACAUUCUUCCUGGACUCUGAGUUCCGCUACACCCUCUUCCCAGUGUUCUACAGUAUCGUCUUCAUUCUUGGACUGACGGCCAACAGCUAUGUGCUGUUUGUGCUGCAUCGCCUGCGUGAAGCGCAGACCAUGAAUGAGAUACGCAUCUACAUGACCAAUCUGACCGUCGCCGACCUGCUCUUCGUCUGCGCCCUCCCCUUCUGGAUUGACUACUUCCUUCGCCGAGGUGACUGGAAGUACAGCGACAUCCUGUGCCGUGUCAGCGGCACGUUCUUCUUCAUCAACACCUACUGCUCCGUCCUCUUCCUCACUGCCAUUAGUGUAAACCGCUACUGGGCUGUCACAUGCCCACUGGACGCCGCCUCGUCCAACUGUUGGCGUCGGGGGGCUCUUAUCUCAACGAUGAUCUGGGUGCUCACCCUGUCCUUUUCCGUGGUGUACCUGGUGAAGCCGGCCGUGAACAAGGACCAGGCCAACGUAAACCGUUGCUUCGAAGGUUACCACGAAGACAGUGAAGACAGCAAGCGCCUGGUGGCCAUCACACACCUGGUUAUCGUCAGCUGCUUCUUCUUGGUCUUUUUCAUCGUCGUAGCUUGCAACCUGCUUAUCGCCCGGGCCCUGCUCAUCCAAUCGCCCUCACAGGCGUUAGGCUCCAUUUCUGCCAAGCCCAGAGGGGUGAAGCCCCAGGCUCUGCAGAUGCUGUGCGUAGUGGUGGUGGUGUUCAUUGUGUGCUUCCUGCCCCAUCACCUGGUUCAGUAUCCCUGGACCCUGGCGGUGCUUCAGAUCCAGGAGGGCUGGGGCAGUACACGCUGGAACGACACGACACGGCGCUGGCUGAAUGACGCCCACCAGAUCACUCUGAUGCUGAUGGGGCUCAACUGCCUCCUGGAUCCAGUGGUGUACUGCUUUGCCACUAGGAGGUUCCGUCUGUACAUCAAGGACCACCUGAAGAGGGUGGGAAAGGGCAAACACUGCUCUGACACUAUUGCCACUCACAUCUCCAUGACGAGCCAGGGGCUUCAUAACGAGCAGCGGUCGCUCAAGGCUUAAAGCUCCGGCGAACAUUGUCUUAUUGUGGAGGAGGUGGUUUAGGGCAAAAGAUAUUGCUGACGGUUGUUGAUUCGCCACAUCCUAGGGUUGUUAUAUUCAGCUUGACCACAAACCACACUUAGCAAUGCACACCCUGCUGAAUAUGCUGCCUCUGUGUUAGACUUGGGUUUGUUUGGACACAAGCAAACAACCGAAAACCGGAGGCAAAACCGUAUUGCUUCCUUCCAAGCAUGGUUCCUCCCAAGGUUUUUUUACCGUUGGGAUUUUUGUUUUCACUGGACACUGUGUUUCAUAAGGAACCUUAUCUGGACUGUUGAUUAUUUGCUGUAUCUUACCUGACAUUAUUGUGAAAGACAUUAAGCUUACAUUUCAAUUUGCAAUCCAAAGAAAAAAGCUGAAGUUUUAUGCCGGAGUUUCUAUAAAUGAUAGUAUGAUACAUAUGAAUACAUUGAAUAGAUAUUUUAUGUUGCUGAUUGUUCUCUAAAAGCAGCAUGUGCAAUGUUGCUGGUCUUGAGCAAGGAACUGAAAUAUUUGUGGUUUUGAACACCUAAUAUAGACAUGGUUCAGGAAGCUGAAUAUAAAGUAGCAUGUUGUGAUACUAACUAUUGUAAUGUGCUCAAACCAUAAUGUAGAAAACUGUAAAAUUGCAUUGUGAAACUUUCUGCUUAAUUCCAU